GCAUCUACAACUAUCUGUUGUCAGUCCUAUCAUAACCGUGUACACAGUCCACAAUAGCUCAGCUAUGUUAAUUAAAUUACUGGGUAUUGGCGGUUUGUAAACACCUUGUAGAUGCUUAUAAAAGCCUCAUUCAAUUGCUGUUGGCAGUCUUAUUUGAUAUCUGAUAAUAUCACUGCAAAGUGAAUCAGCUGUCAAACUUUAUUUGCAACUGGGACUGCAUCAACUGCUCUGAAUCGCUAGAAUCAAGCUAUAGGAGAAGAUAAUCAACUUUUCAGAGAAUAUUCAAUCUUGAACCAUGAUGAAGGAUUGUUCGAGAAACGGUUGCUUUGGUAUCAAGUGUGUGCAGCUCUUAGUGGUGGCAGCUCUGAUGAGUGCAGCUGCUGCUAACAGUGAAGGACUGGAGCUUUGCUGUGGGAAGAUCAGCAGUGACUCUGUUUGCAACGACACUUGUAUCAGGACGUUAUCGGAGCUCUCUCCCGCCAUGCCCACUCUCAACUCUCUACAGUUACAAGUCAUGAGUAGUGCUUGUUCCCCCUCUUACACUUCGUUCUGGAAUUGCAUUAAUGAGGCCAAUCCUACAACCACACCCACGAUAUCGCCAUACUACGCGUGCUGUGCGGCAUCUGAGACGAACGAAUGCACCCAAGCUUGUCAGGAGAAUUUUUCCAGCAAUCAAGAUGUGAGUGUAUCCACUGGGAAUAUCCUUAACGUGUGCGGCGGAGAUGGUGGUUUAGGACCUGUGCUCCUGUGCCUCCUCGACAUUACUGAAGCCCCGCCCACUCCAGACCCUAGCAUCAUACCCGAUCAGCCACCAUAUGCUGACUGGGCUCGUGUACAGUGUUGCUACAAGGCUGUUGCCGAUGAGUGUCGUGCCAGCUGUCUAGAUCUCUACUCUGGUCUUAUCUCAUCUUCCUCCUGGUACAUCUUCCAACUGGACUGCAUCCAUAGACCCAGCGAGCAUGUUCUCUUGACCUGCCUAUCAGAUGUGAGCUCUCCCUGCAAGUUGGGCUGCUCUGGGCUCCAGUUCUGCAGCAGUCUAAACAACAGGCCCACCAUGUCGUUCCGUCACUGCACAGCAUCAGCCGACCGUAUGGCCAAGACCAGCUACCAGUCGUGGGUGGCAAGCGGGGUAAUCCCCCACCCACUCAUUUCCCUGUUCGUUAGUAACCUGGACACCUGUCUCGCUGACAUGUGGAAGGCGGUGGCUUGUAUCACUCAUGUGCAACCCUGUCACGCUUCAACUCACGCCACUCAGAUAUGCAGGGAUGACUGCCUGAAGCUGCUCUCACGUUGCAGUGACUCUGAUGUGACCCCUGAGGCCGUGUGUGACAUCAUAGCACCUGCUAGCACACAGGAGUACUGCAUCUCACUCAAGCAUCUCCUAGAGCCCUCUGAAUUUAGUUCCAGAGAUGUCCAAAGGGUCACGAACCCGUGCACCCCCAAUCCCUGUGCCGAGGGUUAUUUCUGCGCCAUUAACCAUCGUUGUCAGUCGGACACUCAAUCUUGCACGCCCUACUCUUGUCAACCCGGCUGUGUGGUUGGGGACAAGCCUAGCUUUGUCGUUUCCGAGGGGGGUGGUGUCCGUGUUGCCCUGGUAACCAACUCAGAGCGUAGUUGCUACGGUUACUUCAAUUGUAGCGAGAAUAACGCCGAAUCAGAUGCAACCAAAGUGACGGCGCUUGGUGGUGCAGGAGUGACGACUAGUUACAGUCCGGUGCACCUGUAUUGUGAGCAGGAAAUGCACUGUGUCGUGGAUGACACCACUUACAAACACCAGAGCAUAUUCAGUGAUGACUGUAACAUGUGCACCUGCUACCAUGGAAGGGUCACAUGCACUAAGAGAAGCUGCACUGUACGCAAUGGCCAGCUGCAAUACUCGUCAUGUGACUGUCCCAUGACCCACCGUCCUGUGUGCACAUUCGAUGGUAGGACACUCCCUAACCCUUGCAUGGCCAGGUGCCUGGGCUACAACGAGACACAUUAUAGAGUUGGUGACUGUGGCUCUAUUUCCCCGUGUGGGGGUGCUGCCCAGAGUGUGUGUGGUGUGGGGAGUGGGGACAAGUGCCUGCCCAACAGACACGUGUGCAUAUCACCAGGUCUGGAGAUGGCUGCCGACUGUACCCAGUACACAUGUGUGUCAUCUGAAGGUUGCAACAGUUUGGAGCCGGUGUGUGACUCUGACAAUAUUCAACACACGAGUCUGUGCACCUUUGUCACAACACAGAGCGAGGUCAACUACUUCGGAUACUGCCAGGACGAGUGUUCCUAUGACAACACAGAGUCUGUGUGCGGUGUGAACGGGGAGACGUACGACAGUCAUUGCCAUGCCGAGAAUGCAUACGUUGCUGUUGACUACAGCGGACGUUGUGAGGAUAUUCCCGGCACCAACGUUCUUCAAACAAACAUUCGUGGGAAUUGUGCUGCUGUAGUUUGUCCUCAGUUGCCUCCUGAUUGCGUGGGCGUAUUGUCACAUGACUCGUGCUGUCCACAGUGUGGUAGUCACUUGACCAUAUUGUCAGACAAGGAACUUUUGAGGAGAAAUAUUAACGCUUUAGGGAGAGAGUUUCUUUCGUCAGCUGACAUGCUUCGGAAACUGAGAUACCAGAUCAGCUCGCUCGAGUGUGAAUUGUUUGGACAUGUUUCCUAUGACGACUCUGUGUCCGUGUGGGUGCUGCCUACCCAGAGCUUACCUGACAACCUAAUGGUAAUGGCUUGCAACGCUGAAGCAGUGAAAUUGGCCACCUUCAUAAACAACCAGACCCCCAUGCUCGCGUCAGACCCGAUACUCUCUCAUCUAAUAGCAGCUGAGGUUGUCACAACCGACUUCCUCAGCAGCUCUGUUCAAACCACACUCCCUAGUAAAGUCUCCAGCACGCUCCCUGCUAAUGGUGCUGUGACUCUGAUUCCAUCUGUCAUUGUAACAACACUACUUCUUCUGCUUACAUUUUGACACACAGUCACGUUGAACACAGAAUUCAAACAGCUAUAAAUAACAAAUUUUUGAUUGCAGUUCAUCAGCACUGGUUGCAUCACAACACUUAGUAGCUGCAACACGUUUAACUUUACGUUUAUGUAUAAUUAUUAUUUCUCAAGCAAAUGUUAUUGCGUACAUGAUUUUUUGCUGCUAUCAUUUCACAUUUUCAAGUAUGAUGCACCAUACUAUAAAGUCAUCAUUAUUCGUAUUGGUACGUAUACAGCUGGCUGUAAUUUUUUCAUCACUCUUCUUAUAAAAUUA